AUGUUAUCACGUAUUAUAAGUAAAUCCUCAUUAUCGAGUGUAUUCCACACCUCCAAGAGAUAUUCAACCAUCAUUUCCGUCCACAGAGAAACCAAAGAAGACCAUACCAAACUACCAUUUGAGUUUACUUCUGAAAACAAGAAAAGAGCCGAUGAAAUUAUCGCAAAAUACCCACCACAAUAUAAGAAGGGAGCUACUAUGCCUCUUUUGGACCUUGGGCAACGUCAACUAGGUUUCACUUCUAUAUCAGUUAUGAAUUAUGUUGCCAAACUACUUGAUAUGCCACCAAUGAGAGUGUAUGAAGUAGCCACCUUCUACACCAUGUACAAUAGACAUCCUAUGGGUAAAUAUAACGUUCAAGUAUGCACAACCACACCCUGCCAGUUGUGUGGCAGCGAUGGAAUAAUGGAUGCCAUAAAGGAACAUCUUCAAAUCAAACCAGGUCAAACCACUGCCAAUGGAUUAUUCACCUUACAAGAAGUUGAAUGCUUGGGAGCUUGUGUCAAUGCUCCAAUGAUUGCCAUCAAUGAUGAUUACCACGAAGAUUUGACACCAGGAGGUGUAGUUAGUCUUUUGCAAAAAUUAGAAAAUGGUGAAGAAUUGAGUCAAAUUGGACCUGAAACUGGUAAAAGAGAGUCUUGUGAGCCAUUUAGUGGUCAAAAAGUAUUGUUGGAUAAAGAGCCAAACGAUAUGAGGAAAUUCACCAGAUCUGAUUUGUAA